AUGAGCUCAUUCCUCAUGGGCUAUCCACAUGCGCCACAUCAUGUCCAGAGCCCCAUGUCCAUGGGCAAUGGGCUAGAACCGAAGUUCCCGCCGGUUGCCGAUGACUAUCAUCACUACAAUGGCCACUACUCCAUGACCGCCUCGACGGGUCACAUGGGUGGCGUUGGUGUUGGUGUCGGCGGCGGUGGUGGCGGCGGUGGUGUCGGUGGUGGGGGCGUUGGGCUCGGUGGCGGCGGCCCUGGUAUGUCUGGGCACCCGCACGCUACGCAUCCGGCGGAAAUGGUCAAUGAUUAUAUGGCCGCCGCAGCGCAUCACCACAACCAUAACCCGCUCCCGCACUCGCACCAUCACAGCAACAGCGCGCUCUCUGGCCACCAUCACCAGAACACGGGCUACACCACAAACUACGCCACAACGCCGCCCACGCACCAUCCGCAUUCGCAUCCGCACCAGAGUCUGGGCUAUUAUGGCCACCAUGCCGCGGCGGCGGCCGCUGCAGCCGUGCACCACGCACCCGAAUAUAUAUCGGCCGGAGUGGUGCACUCUGAAGCCGGUUACGGGCCGCCGCCGUCGGUAAACGUGCCAAACAGCAGCAGUGCUAACGGCUCGAAUGGAUACUACGGCGGCUACUAUGGCACCACAAACGGCAGUGUGGGCAGCACCCACUCCCAAGGCCAUUCGCCCCUCUCCUCACAGAUGAUGGACCUGCCACUGCAAUGCUCCUCGACGGAGCCACCAACGAACACCUCGCUGGGUCUGCAGGAAUUAGGUUUAAAGCUAGAGAAGCGACUCGAAGAAGCCGCGCCCACUGGUCAGCAACUGCAGGAAGUGUUACACUGUGAUGAUAUGGGAUCAGAAAAUGAUAUGUCGGAAGAGGAUCGCCUGAUGCUCGAUCGAUCCCCAGACGAGUUGGCGUCCAACGACAACGAUGACGAUCUGGGUGAUUCAGACAGCGAAGACGAUCUGAUGGCGGAGACAACCGACGGGGAGCGCAUCAUUUACCCCUGGAUGAAGAAGAUUCACGUAGCGGGCGUUGCGAAUGGCUCAUAUCAGCCAGGCAUGGAGCCGAAACGCCAACGCACCGCCUACACACGCCACCAGAUACUCGAGCUGGAGAAGGAGUUCCAUUACAAUCGCUACCUGACCCGACGGCGGCGCAUCGAAAUUGCGCACACGCUGGUGCUGUCGGAGCGCCAGAUCAAGAUCUGGUUCCAGAACCGCCGCAUGAAGUGGAAGAAGGACAACAAGCUGCCCAACACCAAGAAUGUGCGCAAGAAAACGGUCGAUGCCAAUGGCAAUCCAACACCGGUAGCCAAGAAGCCCACAAAGCGCGGCACUGCCAAGAAGCAGGCCCAACAGCAGCAACAACAACAACAACAGCAACCCCAACAACAGCAACAGCAAACGCCGGUGAUGAAUGAGUGCUUACGCUCUGAUAGUCUUGAGAGCAUUGGAGAUGUCAGUUCCUCGCUGGGCAAUACGCCGUACAUUCCCGCUGCCACGGACUCGGCGAAUCUGACGUCCUGCGGCAAUGGUAAUGGCAAUGGCAAUGGCUAUGUUGGAUCUCAGCAGCAUCCAGUACAUCUCAACAGCAAUAACAACAACAAUAACAACAACAACAACAAUAACAGCAGCAACCUCAACAACAACAACAAUCAAAUGCACACGGGUCUGCACAGCCACCAUCAACAGCAGCAACAGCAAUCCGAUCUCAUGAACAAUCUGCAGCAGCACAUCAAACAGGAUUAUGAUCUGACGGCGCUCUAGGAGAUCCUUGGCGCGCCCACAGCUCAGCUAGUGCAUUGAGUCCUUUAGUUUGAAUCCUUUAGUUAGCCCCGCAAUACUUUCUGGCACCAAGUUCUUUAACUUUAAGUCGUAAUCAUCAUGCAACCCCCAUUUUUGUACACCCGUCGAGUCAUCGAUCGGGACAAUUCGGAGUAUACAGUGAAAGAAAAAGUAUAUCUAGUUAGUUAAGCACCAAACCAACGACCACUGGGCCACAACUUUGGCGUUACCCAAUCCAUGCCGACCUUGGCAGGAACACCCCCUGUAAAUUAGCGGUACUUAAUUAGAGGUACGUUUUGUAUAAAGCAUAGCAAAUUAAUUGUAAGCGAAAGCCCAAUUUGUCAUAGUUGUAAGUGGAAAGAAAUAUAUGAGUAAAUGUAUAAUUAUCAUUAUUAUUAUUAUUAUAUAAUUAUUAUUAUUAUUAUUAAAAUUAUUAUUAUUAAUACUAUUAUUAUUGUAUCCAACUAGUUGCAUCUGUUGUGCGUAGAUAUUAAUAUAAGUUCGAACGUAUAUUUUAUGGAUACAACCAACAAACAAACAGACAGAGAAACAAACAUGCAUAAGUAUAUAAAUAUACCUAGACAAUAUGAAAACCAAAUAAACCGAACAAAUUUUACUUGGAAUUUACAAAUGUA